CCGGCGGGGAGCUCUUCCUGCGCUUCAUCAGCCUCACCUCGCUGGAGUACUCGGACUACUCCAAGUGCAAAGAAAUCAUGAUCGAGCGCGGGGAGAUCUUCCUCAGAAAAGUCUCUCUAUCAAGGAACAAAAUCGCCAAGCUGUGUCAUCCUUUCAUCAGAGAUGGUGCCCGAAUACUGACACAUGCCUACUCAAGAGUGGUCCUCAGAGUGUUAGAAGCGGCUGUGGAGGCAAAGAAGCGAUUCAGUGUUUACGUUACUGAAUCACAGCCAGAUCAAGCAGGACAAAAAAUGGCAAAAGCCCUGAGGAAGCUGAACAUUCCUGUGACUGUGAUUCUGGAUGCUGCAGUUGGCUACAUUAUGGAGAAAGUGGACCUGGUGUUAGUUGGUGCUGAAGGUGUAGUUGAAAGCGGAGGAAUUAUUAACAAGAUUGGCACUAAUCAAAUUGCUGUGUGUGCCAAAGCUCAGAAUAAGCCAUUUUAUGUGGUAGCAGAGAGUUUCAAGUUUGUAAGACUCUACCCCCUAAAUCAGCAGGACGUCCCAGAUAAGUUUAAGUACAAAGCAGACACUCUGAAAACAAGUCAGAAUCUAACAGAGGAGCAUCCCUGGAUUGACUACACAUCACCAUCGCUAAUUACGUUGCUGUUUACAGACCUCGGUGUGUUAACUCCAUCAGCUGUCAGUGAUGAACUUAUUAAACUCUAUCUGUAACAGAGGACUGUGUACAGGGUGCAUCUUCAGGAGUGACUGCUGCAGUUGUAAGAACUCAGAAGAUGAUACACGUUAUAUGGACAUGGUAAGGAGACAGCGUUGUAAGGAUUAAUGUAAUUAU